GGGGGAGCUUGGGAGGAGACACAGCCCGGACAGGUGACCCCAAACUGACCAAAGGGACAUUCCAGACCAUGGAACAUCAUGCUCAGUAUCUAAAGCAGGGGAAGAAGGAGGAAGGGAAGGACGUUUGCAGUGAUGGCGCUUGUCUUCCCAAGCCACCCUGAGGUGUGAUGGGGCCCUGCUCUCCUGGGGAUGGCUGAACACCCGCCUGCCCAUGGGAAGCAGUGAAUUCAUUCCUUGCUUUGCUUGCGUGCAUGGCUUCUGUUUUCCCUAUGGAACUAUCUUUAUCUCAGCUUGUGGGAUUUCUGCCUUUACCCUCCGCCAUCCCGCGGGUGAGGGACUCAGCGAGCGGCGCGGCACCGCGCCCGGCACGGGCUGCGGGCGGGCCCCCGAAACACCGCAGGCUGGCCGGGGCCGCGCCAGGCACGCUGGGGCGGGGAGUUCCGGCGGGGCGCCGCCUGUAGGCCAGGCCGUGAUUUCCAACUACAUUUCCCACCGUGCCUGGCGGCGCAGAGAGGCGAUAAAAGGGGGAACGGCGCAGGUGUCACGCUGGAGGGCAGGUGCGGGCGGCGGGUUGGGCUGGGCUGAGCAGCGGUGCUCCCGAGGCCUCAUGAAGCCGCAAGAGUCGCCGGAGAGCGGCCCCGCCACCGCCGCCGCGCUGGAGGCGCUGAAGCAGCGGGCGUGCGAGAGCGUGGAUCUGAACGCUGCGCGUCUGGGCGCGCUGAGCCGCGACAUCUGGAGCCGUCCCGAGCUGGCGUACGCGGAGCACCAGGCGCACGACGCCCUGACCCGCUUCUUCUCCGGCGGGGACCUGCCCGGCGCCGCCUGGGCCGUGCAGCCGCGCUACAAGCUGGGCACGGCUUUCCGCGCCGACUGGGGCACGGCGGCCCCGCAGGACCCGCUCCGCCUGGCCUUCCUCUGCGAGUACGACGCGCUGCCCGGGCUCGGGCACGCCUGCGGCCACAACCUCAUCGCCGAGGUGGGAGCCGCCGCCGCGCUGGCGCUCAAGGCCGCCCUGGAGAGCCUGGCGGAGCCCGCGGCCGUGCAGAUCACGGUGCUGGGGACCCCCGCGGAAGAGCAAGGAGGAGGCAAAAUAGACCUCAUCAAGGCUGGAGCGUUCGACGGCCUGGAUGUGGUUUUCAUGGCGCACCCUUCGCAAGAAAACGCUGCUUACCUGCCCGACGUGGCCGAGCAUGAUGUGACUGUGAAAUACUAUGGAAAAGCUUCUCAUGCUGCUGCUUAUCCUUGGGAAGGAGUUAAUGCAUUAGAUGCUGCUGUUCUUGCGUACAACAAUCUGUCUGUUUUAAGACAGCAGAUGAAACCGACCUGGAGAGUUCAUGGUGUAAUAAAAAAUGGUGGUGUGAAACCUAACAUCAUUCCUUCUUACACUGAACUAGAGUUUUACUUGCGUGCUCCUUCAAGGAAAGAGCUUUCUGUUCUGACAGAGAAGGUUGAAAACUGCUUCAAAUCUGCAGCAGUGGCCACAGGAUGCAAGGUGGAAAUAAAAGGUGGUGAAAAUGAUUACUACAAUGUGCUUCCGAAUAAGAGCCUGCAGAAAAUUUACAAGGAGAAUGGAGAGAAGCUUGGAAUAGAUUUUAUAUCAGAAGAUGCUAUCUUGAAUGGUUUGUCAGGUUCCACGGACUUUGGAAAUGUUACAUUUGUGGUCCCUGGGAUUCAUCCUUAUUUUUAUAUUGGCUCUGAUGCAUUGAAUCAUACUGAGCAGUACACAGAAGCUGCAGGGUCACAGACUGCUCAGUUCUACGCCUUGCGCACAGCAAAGGCUUUGGCAAUGACAGCACUGGAUGUCAUUUUCAAGCCAGGUCUGUUGGAAGAAGUCAGGGAAGACUUUAGAGAAGUGAAGCUCAAAGAAGAGGAACAAACAAAUCCAGUAAAACCUAAAAAAGAAUCUGGUGUUGGUGAAGGAGCAUGUGCAUCACACUAAACUUGAUUAAAACAUUCUCAGUAGCAUUGACUUAAUGGAGAUGCUGUAUUUAAAUCCCAAUAGGGGCUGGAUAAUACAUAGCUGAAGAAAUUAUGAUUUUAUUUAAUUUAGACUUCAGGAGAAGUAAAUAGUAUAAUUGCUUUCGAAAAAUGUGAAAUUUCAUCUAGCUGUAAUGUUUGUGUUCACUGUGGUGAUGAUUUUCAUACAGAGAUCUCAAAUAUAUUCUCUUUGAUUUGCAGUGUUGAAUAAAUUAUAGUGUUUACAUCCCUUGUCAGUGAUUUUUUAUGUAGUGCUAUAUUAAUAUUCCUUAUAGAGGAAGUAUGGCAAUUUUCUGUUCUGAAAUAAGUACUUUUCAUUCAGUGAUCAUAUGCUGAAUCUGAUCUGUGAAGCUUUUAUAAAAUUUCUGGUCAGUCACUUUUUUUGGGAUAAGAUGGAGACUUAAAAAAUGAGCUGGUUUCACUGGAGAAAAGGGGCUAUGUUUGGAAAUAUACUUGGUUUUGAUAAGAGUAGCUUCCAGCAAUGGUACUGUUUGGAUAGGAAUGCAAUCUGUUAAGCUUGAUUGUCCUAAAACGCAUUGAUUUUCCUCCUAUUAAAUUUUGGAGGUGUUGUGGAGAAGUCACGGAUCACAAAAUUGGAAAGCAGCUAAAUGUUUAUUUGAUUAAAUCAACACAUUUAAACUCCUGCAAGAAGAAUUCUGCUCUGAGGCAGUACAGGUGUCCACACAAGGUAUUGCAUUAGCUUAACUGAUCUGAAGGAAGUGUAUAAAUUUAGCUAAACCAGUGGAAAUCUUUGUCACAAAGCUACAAGUAUGGUGCCAUGAAGCAAUAAAUGGUUGUGUGCAAGUCCCUCUAGUAAGCUCAGAGGAGCUUGCAGUGAGGACUGCUGGCUUUUUUAACCUGUUUGUUCCCGUGUCCUAAGCAGCACAUCUGUUAAGUCUUGCCAGUUGUCCUUUCUGUGUGUUGUGUGGUUAGUCCAUUUAAUCUUUGUUAUUUUGCUUCCCAGGGACAUUGAUACUGCAGUUUUAUCAAGGUGGUGUUUUGUGUGCCCAAACACGUUAGGAUGUCUUUUAAUUCACUGGUUAAAGAUCUCGUGAGUACACAGAAAAUAAGUCAGUGGACAGAUAGAGUGAGAAAGCAACUUACUGAUUAAUGUUUUCCUAAGCACAGGUAUUACUGUGUAAGCUUCAGAAAGGAAGGCAGGCAAGCUGUAUUCCUCAGAAGUCAGAGUAACUGUCUUUCAGUAAACUUUUUCUUUUUUCAACAGUCUCUAAAUGGUAAACUCUAAAAUUCUGUUCAGCAUUUACAGUUUAUUGAUCUCUGUAUUCACUUUAACAUUAUGCCAGUAUCCUUGUUUGCAUUAGCAAACAGUUUUCACAGCUGGAUGGAAGAAACAGAUGAAGGUGGGACUCUGAGCCAUAGAUGUGUCCAGGAUAGUAAGUUGAAUACUAAAUCCAACUGAAAUUUGUUCUAAGGUUUGUCAGAGGAACUUUGUCCUUAACUUUUAAUUUACAGUCUGCCUUGCCAGUUCUGGGACACAAUUGCAAUUCAUUAAGAUCUGCUGGGUUAUCAGGCUAGUGCAUUAAUUUCCUUAGCACAUGUGGCUUUUUAUUUCCUCCUGCAAGACCUGCUUAACUCAUCGCUUUGCUGUUUUUAAGAUGGAGUGUUAGGAUCCCACGUAGAUAGCACAUGCUGUGUUGUUGUGUUUCCUACAAGCUGAUAUGCAUUAAAGCCUUCUCAGUUCUCUUUGUUCAGACCUCUUAGCUGCAUCAUAUCCAAGAUCAGUUAAUUAAACUUCUCUGAACUAAAAGUGUGUCUUCAUUUUAUUGUAAUUGUUGCUGGAAUUAAAAUGGAAUUAAAAGUACUGAUUAAAGAUGAGUUGAUAGUAAUAAAGGAGUUUAAUUGUGAUUGAA